AUGUUAGGAAGUAUACUCAGUCAAGAAUUUUUCCGCAGCUUGUCAUACAUCUAUACGUUAUCUCCUAUCUAUCUAUCUAUCUAUCUAUCUAUCUAUCUAUCAUCUAUCUAUCUAUCUAUCUAUGUUUGUUUGUAUCUAUCUAAUUCUAUUUUUUUUUUUUCUUUCCUCUCUCUCUCUUUUCUAUCUCCGGUCUUAUUUCUGUUUUAUCUAUCAUCAAUGUAUGUCUCAGGCUAUUCAGUAUCUACUAUCUAUUGGUCUGUUGAUUUUGUUCAUAUCUCUCUAUCCAUCUAUGCCAGAUGGUCAAAUCUAUCUAUCUAUCUAUUUAUCUAUCUAUUUAUCUAUCUAUCUAUACCUUUUUUAUCUAUCUAUCUAUCUAUCUAUCUAUCUAUCUAUCUAUCUAUCUAUACCUUUUUUCCUAUCUGUCUAUCUAUCUAUCAGUUUGUAUCUAAAUUAUUCUAUUUCUUUCUUUCUAUCUCGGAUCCUUUCCUUUGUAUUUUUUCUUUCGAAAUAAUAAAUUCUUUUCUUUCAUUUUUGUUCCUUACGUUUCUUCUUUCUUUUUCCUUCAUUCACCUUCGUUCCUUUCUGCAUAGAAAUAUUUUUUUUUUAUAUUUUACCAUUCAUUCGGAAUUCGUUGAUUCUUUCCUAAACUUCUUUUUCUUUAUGUGUCCAUUUUUCAUUCAUAUAGUUAUAUCAAUUUAUCCUUCUUUUUUCUAUCUUUCUUUCUUCUUUCGGUAUAUUUCUGUAUUUUCUUCAUUUUUUUUAUAUAAUCCUCUUUUUUUUCUUUAUUUCAUUCACUUAUAUCAAAUUUUCGUUCUUUUUGCAGUCAUUUCUUCGUUAUUUCUAAAACCUUCUCUCUCACCCUUCUUUCCUUUUUUCCUCUUUAAUGGCUUCUCAUCUCUCUUAAUCAUUGUUUUUAUUAUCCUUCCUUUCUUCCUUCUUUUCUUUCUUCUUGGCUUCAUUCUUUUCUGCAUACAUUCCUUUAUUGCUUCUUUCUUGCUAUCAUACUUCCUUAUUUCCUUCCUUUCAGUCUUUCUUCAUUCCUUCCUUUCUUCUUGCCCUUAUCCAUUCUUUUCUUACGUCCUUCCAUUCUUCUUGCCGUUCUUACUUCGUGCCUUCCUCUCUCCACUCCUUCCUUCUUUCCUUUCUUCCUUCCAGUCUUCAAUACUCCUUUUCUUCUUGCCCUUAUCCAUUCCUUUCUUAGGUCCUUCCUUUCAACUUGCCCUUAUCCAUUCCUUUCUUACGUCCUUCCUUUCUUCUUGUCCUUAUCCAUUCCUUUCUUACGUCCUUCCUUUCUUCUUGCCCUUAUCCAUUCCUUUCUUACGUUCUUCCUUUCUUCUUGCCCUUAUCCAUUCCUUUCUUAGGUCCUUCCUUUCUUCUUGCCCUUAUCCAUUCCUUUCUUACGUUCUUCCUUUCUUCUUGUCCUUAUCCAUUCCUUUCUUACGUCCUUCCUUUCUUCUUGCCCUUAUCCAUUCCUUUCUUACGUCCUUCCUUUCUUCUUGUCCUUAUCCAUUCCUUUCUUACGUCCUUCCUUUCUUCUUGCCCUUAUCCAUUCCUUUCUUACGUUCUUCCUUUCUUCUUGCCCUUAUCCAUUCCUUUCUUAGGUCCUUCCUUUCUUCUUGCCCUUAUCCAUUCCUUUCUUACGUCCUUCCUUUCUUCUUGCCCUUAUCCAUUCCUUUCUUACGUACUUCCUUUCUUCAUGCCCUUAUCCAUUCCUUUCUUACGUCCUUCCUUUCUUCUUGCCCUCAUCCAUUCCUUUCUUACGUCCUUCCUUUCUUCUUGCCCUUAUCCAUUCCUUUCUUACGUCCUUCCUUUCUUCUUGCCCUUAUCCAUUCCUUUCUUAAGUCCUUCCUUUCUUCUUGCCCUUAUCCAUUCCUUUCUUACGUCCUUCCUUUCUUCUUGCCCUUAUCCAUUCCUUUCUUACGGCCUUUCUUCUUGCUUUUCUUUCUUCCUUACUUCGUGCCUUGCUCUCUCCCCACUUUUAUUCCUUCCUUCCUUCCUUCCUGUCUUCAUUUCUUCAUGCCUGCCCCCCUUUCCUUCGUGCCUUUCUUCAUUACUUCUUUCCUUCCUUUCUUCCUGUCCCCCUUUGUGCCUUUCUUUCUUUUUGCCUUUCUUUCUUUUUGCCUUUCUUUCUUCCAUUUUCCUUCAAAACUUUCUUCAUUCAUUCCUUCCUUAUUUCUACUUUCUUUCCUUCCUUCCUUCUUUCCCGUUUUCUUCUUUUUACUUUCUUUUACUUAUUCAAAAUAUGUCUCAUUAUUUCAUAAAAAAACAAUAUUUCUCCAUUUCUAUUACGUUUUGCGUUUCAGAAAUAUUGAUUCAAUUUGCAUUUUGGACGUUAUCUCUCCCUAUCUCACCCCCUCUCCUCCUCCCUCUCUCUCUCUCUAUCUAUCUAUCUAUCUCUGA